AUGUCCUUCGUCAACAACGAGCGGCUCCUGUACCGCCUCUCCAGCCUCGAGAACCGCAUCCCAAGAGAAUACUACCACGUCGUCAUCCCCUAUGCCCGAACCCUCGCCGGCAACGCAGACGGCGAAGAAGCCAACCAAAUCAGAUAUGUCACCCGAGAGACCUUCAAAGCCGUCCUACGUAAUCUCGGGCCUCUCAAGGGCCGAGUCUUUAACGCCAACCCACAGUUGCCGCAACUCGGGGAUUCCCAGCUCUGGAUUCGGGAAGUCCCUUUCGAUAUCAACGACGUCUACGGUUGCCAGUUUGCCGGCAACGCCUUCCCACCGUUUGACAAGGACAAUGUCCACAGCGAUUAUCUGCUCAAGGGUGGCCUGAACUUUUCCGCUGGCGUUGGCACACCUCCCGUCAAGUUGAUGGUUACUGUGUGUCCGACACAGACGAUUCUUGCGUUUUCCUUUUUCAGACCCAUCUUUGGGCUUGAGGCGCGCAAUAAGUUUCUGAGAAUCUUGGACGAGUUCAAUUUUCAGGACGGCCUGGCUGAUGAUGAUGCCAUGUACUUUGCUUUGCCUGCAGGGCCGUUCCGAGUGGAGGCCCAGGCGGAAGAGGUGCGGGUUGAGACGGCGAUGAAGCUGCUUCACGAUGUGUAUGUGCCUUCGCCUGGGGCUAUUUAUGAUGAGGAUAUCGAACAAGCUGUUCGAUCGAAGAAGCUUCUCCUGUCAAAGGACAGGGUCGACCAGGUUGUGUCCAGGUAUCUCGGAGGUGUCCCCGAGACGGUAAUGGGGUACACGAAAGCCCAAAUGGCCACUGCUGCCCUUCUGUGGGUGGCCAUCAUAGAAGCCCGAAUCCAGCUGCGCGACGAACUGUACGACGAGAUGUCUGAAGGCGGCACAGUCCGUCUGGACAUGAUGACAUCUGGGUGCCAUGUGUGUGAGGAUCGCGACUACGGCCCUUCCCCCCCUGAAGCGAGGUGGCCUGGAAAUACCGAAUUCCCUCUGGUCAGCAGAAUGCCCGGCAAGUCGUUCUGCAACUGGCCCACGGCGGGAGUAAACGAGGAGACCCUCGCCCGAGCCGUCAAGAUGGUGGCAGCGAACCUGCGUCGCGUGGACAAGGGCAUGGUCAUCAACUUUGUUCAAAAGCGAGUUAACGGCACAUAUCUGGCCUCCAAGGAUGCGUACGACCGUGCGCUGAACUGUGAAUGGGAAGGCAUCAUGCUCGAGAACUGGACCGGCCACAACUACAAAGGUAUGGAGGGUCUGAUGGACGUGGAAAAGUAUCCUCGGGCGAGUUUGGCCCACGCUCACCAGGAUUGCCCAGCUGGAACCAUUCGUUUGUUGCCUGAGGUGGAUGAUGAGGAUGACGGGAAAGUUCCUGUGCUGGUGGCUGUGUAUGAGGACGAGAUGGCGGCUCUUGUUGAGCAGAAGCUCCGAGGAUACGUUUGA